AGUCAGUCCAACCAACCAACCGAAGCCCAUAAUCGACUAGCAGCGGUGUUGAUAUUGCUGAUGCUGGCUAACUGACGCCAACCGACUGCCACCUGACUCGCCGCCUUGGUAGUAUCGUUUGAAACGCGAUCGCGUCCACAUUCGCCUCGAGCCGGUUGUAGCGGUCGUGUCCCUGAUAAGUGAACCCGCGCUCGCUCCGCAGGCCGGGUUAUUUUCGGGUGGUGGAUAAGAGCGUCGCAGAUAUCCGAACCGAACCGUACCCCGUUGGCGAAACGUGACGCAACCUGAGCCACUGACCAGGCCGUGCCGUUCCUGUACUUCGAUCGAUGCUCACAUGUUUCUGUGCAUCAUUAGCUUCCGCUGACGCUGGGGACGACCGUCGGGGGUAUCAUCACCCAGAGAGUUCUGCAAAAUUCGAGCCAUAAACUGUUCAGACUCAUCCCGCUCAACGUCGACAGGAUGAUUAUCCGGUGUAGCGUGUUGAUACUGCUGGUGCUGCUGCGAGUGGUAGUGACGGUACGAGGUGCUCCCAGGAAUGGCAACUUCCAGCUAAUUAUCCUCCACAAUAACGACAUGCAUGCGCGCUUUGAGCAGACUGGCGCUUACGGAAACGACUGCCAGCAGGAGGAUGUGGCCAACAAUCGAUGCUACGGAGGAUUUGCCCGUGUGGCGCACAAAGUUCGUGAAUAUCGAGCGCAAGAAGCAGCCGGUGGACUCCCCGUACUCUAUCUGAACGCCGGUGACACCUACACUGGCACGCCCUGGUUCGCCGUCUACAAAGACAACAUCACCGCUGCGUUCCUGAACAUACUCGAGCCCGACGCCAUCUCCCUCGGUAAUCACGAAUUUGAUGAAGGAGUCGAAGGCCUCGUCCCGUUCCUGAACGAAGUUAACUUCCCGGUGCUGACGGCCAACUUGGAUCUCUCGAAAACUCCCACGAUGCAGGAUACCAAGUCGCUUCAGCACUCGAUAGUGUUCACGAAGGGUGGUGUCAAAAUCGGUGUCAUCGGUUAUCUGACGCCGGAGACGAAACAACUGGCGCCGAUUAAUACGGUGGACUUUACCGACGAAAUUGUUGCCAUCAACAAAGAAGCCGAGGUUCUCAAAGCCCAAGGGAUCAAAAUCCUGAUUGCUUUAGGGCAUAGUGGAUUGGAGCGUGAUCGGGAGAUUGCCGCCAGUUGUCCCGAUAUCGAUAUUGUCAUCGGAGGACAUUCGCACACGUUUCUGUAUUCUGGUACCGUGCCCGAUAUUGACCCUUCGGAGGGUCCCUACCCGGUUAUGGUGACAAACGAAGCGGGACGAAGCGUCCCGGUGGUUCAAGCCUAUGCCUACACCAAAUAUCUGGGCUAUAUGAAGGUUGAAUUCGAUGACAAUGGAAAUCUGGUGUCGUUCGAUGGUAGUCCGAUACUGUUGAAUGGAAGUGUGCCUCGCGAUUCGGACGUUUUGGAACUACUGGAAGUGUACCGUCCGGGUAUUCUGGAGCUGGAGGAAGUAAUUGGAGAAACGAAGGUGCUGCUGGAUGCCACCAGGUGUCGGUUUGAGGAGUGUAACAUUGGAAGCAUGAUCGCAGAUUCAAUGGUAACGGUUUACACCAUGUCUUACGACAACUCUAGUGAUAGUUGGACAGAUGCGGCAAUUGCAUUCAUUCAGGGUGGCGGAAUAAGGGCAUCGAUCGAGGCUGGAAAUAUCACGAAAAAGGAUUUGAAAACGGUUCUUCCGUUUGGCAACGCAAUAAUUUUGGCCGAGGUUACGGGGGAGACAAUCAUGCAGAUGUUGGAGCGAAGUGUUUACAGAUACAAUGGGAAUAGUGGUUUUGGCGAGUUCCUGCAAAUGUCAGGAGUGCAUGUGGUAUACGAUUUGAGCAAACCCCCAGGUCAGCGUGUUGCCUCGGUGGAGGUACUAUGCACAAGAUGUGCCACUCCGUCCUAUGGACCCAUUUAUACUUAUGAUCGUUACAAGAUCAUCAUAAGUCAGUUUUUAUGGGAAGGCGGCGACGGAUAUGACAUGUUCAGUGGGCGUAACUUCCAAGUACUUCAAUGGGGAGAGUUCGAGAUGACGGAGGAAUACUUGAAGGAGUUUUCACCCAUCUAUCCGGCCAUUGAGUGGCGAGUUGUUUUGAACGGGGAAGUUAAUCCGGAUGAUACGACUACGACCACAUUGGCGCCAACAACGACGACGGGUGGAACUACCGGAAACGGUGAUGGUGCGGCUGGAAGUCUUAAGGCUACGACGGUAACCGUCGUGGCAUUAGCAUUUGUUUGUAUGUUACAAAGAGUUUUUAUGUGAUAAGUUGACUGAUGUUUCAACUCAGGUUCAAAGUAGUUGCACUUACAGAGAAAAAUAUUCCUAUAGGAUUAAGAACAAAAAUAAAUAAAAAAUGUGUACAGAAUUUUUUUACUUUACUA